UCAAUCACACACAAUCAAUCAAUCAAAUCCCCCCAAAUUUCAAACCCUAGAAUUUCAAUUUCCCCAAAAAAACCAAUGGCGCCAAAGGCAGAGAAGAAGCCCGCCGAGAAGAAGCCAGCGGAAGAGAAAGCACCGGCGGAGAAGAAGCCAAAGGCCGGGAAGAAACUGCCGAAAGAAGCCGGAGCCGCCUCUGCAGAUAAGAAGAAGAAGAGAACGAAGAAGAGCGUGGAGACGUACAAGAUCUACAUCUUCAAGGUGUUGAAGCAGGUUCAUCCUGACAUCGGAAUCUCCAGCAAGGCCAUGGGAAUCAUGAACAGUUUCAUCAACGACAUCUUCGAGAAGCUCGCUCAGGAGAGUUCCAGGCUCGCCCGCUACAACAAGAAGCCCACCAUCACAUCUCGGGAGAUCCAGACUGCUGUGCGGCUUGUUCUUCCUGGUGAAUUGGCCAAACAUGCUGUUUCUGAAGGCACAAAGGCCGUCACCAAAUUCACUAGCUCUUAGAAUUUCAAAAUGUUACUUGAUAGUUUUGAACUUUGUAGGGUAUUGACUCUUUGAAUUGAUAUUGAAUGAAUGUGUUUGUUCAGUACAAAUUUAAUUAAAAAUAUGUUUAUUAGCAUUUUGUUCUAUCA